AUGGCCCCAACGCACCCCACACCACAUGCAACCCUCCUUUCCACCACACUUUCCGUUACCCUCCCCUCACACUACACCACUAUUCUCUCUCGAUGGACAAGAAUCGCCUCUCUCCACCACUCUUUCAGCACAGAUCUCUUAGCAACUGACCGUGCCAACGCCAAUGCCACACUGAAAACUGAGCUCACUCUUCUAGAACAUGACAUUGGACUGUACAAGGAGAUUGUAGAUAGUAUAGACAUCACCUGCAUGGCUAGGCUAUAUGUGGUAUCAGGGAUGCUGCCAGAUGAGGCGCUGAAGGCGGCAAAGGAUGAUUUGAAGGGGCUAGAGGAGAGCUUAGGACUGCUGAGAGAGAGGAUAGGGGAGGUAAGGGCGGAUGUAAGGUACGGGGUUUAA